AUGACGGGAGAGCACAGCGGUACUGGCGGAUCAGCAAUGACAUCAAUCAUGGACCACACUAAGCUCAUCUUCCUCCUCCUGGAAACAGUGGUGGCUGCCACCGCCGCCGGUGGUGGGCAAUGGACGCUCCUCCAGCGCAGCAUCGGCGUCUCCGCCAUGCACAUGCAGCUCUUGCACAACGACCGCGUCGUCGUCUUCGACCGCACCGACUUCGGCCCCUCCAACCUCUCCCUUCCCGUCGGCAAAUGCCGCAACGACCCCGACGAGAAGGCUCUCCGGGUCGACUGCACCGCGCAUUCCGUCGAGUACGACGUGGCCGCCAACACCUUCCGCCCGCUCAUGCUCUUGACCGACGCCUGGUGCUCCUCCGGCACCGUCGCCCCGGACGGCACCCUCGUCCAGACCGGCGGCUUCAACGACGGCGAGCGCGCCUCUCGCACGUUCCGCCCCUGCGACGACUGCCGCUGCAACUGGGUCGAGGUCCCACAGGCUCUGGCCGUACGCCGGUGGUACGCCACCAACCAGAUCCUCCCUGACGGCCGGGCGAUCGUCGUCGGAGGCCGACGCCAAUUCAACUACGAGUUCUAUCCCAAAUCGCCGGAUGCUUCCGACCUGCGCACCAUUGCUUUACCCUUCCUCCGAGACACCAGAGACGCCGUAGAGAACAAUCUCUAUCCGUUCGUCCACCUCAACAUCGACGGCAACCUCUUCGUUUUCGCCAACAACCGUGCCAUCCUGCUCGACUACACGAAGAACACCGUGGUGAAGACUUACCCGAAAAUGCCCGGCGGCGAACCCAGGAACUACCCGAGCACCGGAUCGUCGGUUCUGCUGCCGCUGAAACCGUCGCCGAAGGAGGCCGAGGUGUUGAUAUGCGGCGGAGCACCGAUGGGUUCGUACGUGCAAGCGUUGCAGAGCAGGGGCUUCGUUCGGGCGCUGGACACGUGUGGGAGGAUUAAGAUCACGGAAGCCGCCGCGUCCUGGUCCAUGGAGACGAUGCCCGUGCCGAGGGUCAUGGGGGACAUGGUGCUGCUGCCCAGCGGCGAAGUACUUAUGAUCAACGGCGCGGCGGCAGGGACCGCCGGGUGGGAGCUCGCCCGGGACCCGGUGCUGACGCCCGUCGUCUACCGCCCCGAGAGGCCCGCCGGCGCCCGUUUCGACAUCCAGAGCCCCUCCACGACGCCCCGCCUCUACCAUUCCACCGCGGUACUGCUGCGCGACGGCAGGGUGCUCGUCGGCGGGAGCAACCCCAACGUCAACUACAACUUCUCCGGCGUCGAGUUCCCGACCGAGCUCAGCUUGGAGGCCUUCUCUCCAGCCUACCUGAGCCCAGCGCACUCGGCACGACGGCCGCGUAUCGUCACCUCGCCAUCUCCGCUUCGGCUGAGCUACGGGAAACGAUUCAGCUUACAGUUCACGGCCGGGGCGGUGGGCGACGAAGGAGUCCGGGUGACGAUGGUUGCGCCGUCCUUCGCGACGCACUCGUUCUCGAUGAACCAGAGGCUGCUUGUUCUGGAGACGGAGGCGGCGGCGAAGGCGGCCGACAGCGGCACCUAUCAAGUGAUGGCGAUGGCGCCGGCGUCGGCCAUUUUGGCGCCUUCAGGGUAUUAUAUGGUGUUCGUGGUGAACGGUGGGGUGCCGAGCGAGAGCAAUUGGGCCCAUAUACAGUGAUGUAUAGGGCAUCUUGUGAAGGAGUGUUUUGGAGAGGAAACGACAUGGAAAGCAUCA